AUCCAACUCACCUAUGCCGACCUCCAGCGAUGUAAGGGAAAGAUUAUCUUCACUUCAUCCGGCGUGGCCAAGAGGAGCUCUCGCUCCUGGGUGCCCUAUGCAUGCUCAAAGACGGCGAUGAACUGUUUAAGUUAUAAUCUAGCAACAGAACUGCCCGAGGUCCCGACUGUGUGUAUAUCCCCUGGCGUUGCCGACACCGCAAUGCAAGCCGAGGUUCGAAACGAGC